CGGCUCCCCCCGCCCCUCGCCGCCCCCUCGCCCGGCCCUGCCGGCGGUCCCGGGGCUGCUGCCAUGGAGCUGCCGGCCGUCAGCCUCAAGGGGAUGCAUGAAUUACAUGUUGCCACUCUCCUAUGCCUGGGGAAAUUUCAGUGUCCUUGCAGUGGGGAUCUGGGCCAUUGUGCAGCGAGAUUCCCUUGAUGCCAUAACGAUGGUGUCACCAGUGCAGGCCGGGACAGCAGCACCUAUGAGCCCAUUGAUCAGCCAGAUGCUCCUCCACAGUGGCCUUCCUCAAGCAAGGCAGCCCAGCCACCAUACUGAGGCACCCUGCAGCCAGGACAGACACUGCCCUUGCCCAGCCCAGCCUCCCACUCUUCCCACUGAGCAGCACCUGCUACUGGGAAAAUCGGAGAAGAUCUGAUAUUUCUUUUGCCUACCUAAAGGUUAGGCAGAUGGGUUCUGCAGUAAGUCCAGAAGAUCUUGGAGGUGUCAUGUUAAGCACUGCGUAAUCCCAGUACUCUCCUCUCUUCCCUCCCCAUAAAUCCCUCCUCUGUACAUGUGACUGGAUGCACCUCCUGCAGUUUUCCAGUCUUCCAUUGUGCUUCCUCUUCUUUAUAAGAGAACCACUCAAAGUACUCCUGGACAAGCAAUCUCUAAAAGGCUUAUGGACUGCCCUAAAGCAAUACAGUAUAGCCUGAUUUUAUGCAGCUAUAUCUCCAGGAAACACCUGGGAGUUCCCAAGAGCUGUUUUUGAUGGCAUUAUUUAACUUCUUGUGCUCCCAGUAUCUGGUAUUGGGUUUUAUUAACUGAUGCUUUUAUGCAAGUUGAAUGUCCUUCAUGAUUCUUAAAAUGACUGUUGAAUGUUGAUUACAGAUCCUUUGUGCCUUGAAAUAUCCUUUUGCCUUCAGCUGCUUGUCUUAACAGAACUUGAAAUGUUAGACUUUUCUAAGAAAACUAUAAAAUCAACACAGUUUUUCUGUGUUAGAAAAAGUUACACUGGUUGCUUAUGUCUCAUUUGAAAACGUAGCUUUUCCUGAGGGCUUGGGACUGGAGCCAGGCAGUCUGGGAGGGUCAUUAUGGGGGAAGGUCUACAGGGCUCUCAUGGUUUUUAGCCUAAGCUUUACUCUGAGGAGUAGAAGAUACUGCAUAUAAUUUUGUGGGUAGGAAGAUGGGCUAGUAAAAUGGGGAUUGAGGAAAGAUGGACUUAUUUACGCUUUAGAUGUCAGUUCCAUUGGGUGUGGCAAACUAUAGACUCUGUUAUGCACGAUAAAUCUGUCCUGCUGUGGCUUUCAGGUAAGAUUCUAAAAAAAGAAAACCAAACAAACAAAACCCCAGAAGCACACAAACAACCACAUUUCAACAGGAUUCAUUUAUAGAAGAAAAUUAGUAUGUUAGCUUUGGCAGAAUUCUAGUACUAGGAAGAUAGGUAUUUUUCUGAAGGAAGUUCAUUGUCAAAGUUUCUGUCUGUUAUUUUACAACUGCAUUUCUCCUGACAAGACCUUCUGCUGCACUGAUUCUUCAGUAACCAAGACCCCUGUUGGCUUUGCUCUAAGCUCCAGAAACAUGCCAUUUGUAUUUUUAAAACCAAGCAGUUUUCUUCCAACUUCAAUCAAUUGUAAGCAGGUGCUUCUGCUCCUCUGCUGCACAAGCACGACAUUGACCUCUUGGUGUACCUGAACCAAGCACAUGGUAAAUGCCAUACAAGUGUUGUACAUUCUUUUUACAGGCUUUAAAUAUAAUAGGGCACAAGACUAGGAAUUGGUCUGUUCACGUGAUUAGAUGGCAAAGGAGGAAAGAGUAGGGAGAAAUUGCUGGGGCUUGUGGAGUUCCAGAGCCUUUAUGUGAAUGGGUUUUUUCAGCUCUUCAGAACUGUACAGUGACAGCACACAGCCCUGAAUAAGACAUCUAAAUGCUCAGGGUGUUUUUUUACCUACAUCCAGGCACCAAAGACUGAAAAUCAUGCUUUUAAUGCUGUGGGGUUUGGGUGUUGGCACAGUCAGUAGAUUCUAGGGAGGCCUUCCCAGAUGUUGUACGUUGGAAAUACCCAUCUAGCUGACCUGCCAUGCGUUUUUCUGUGAAAAAUUUGGUACAUUUGGGAGCUCCAAGAAGCAGAGCAAGGCGUGAAUAACACUGAUCUUACAGUGCCUCAAGAAUACCUAUUUUGGGCAGUAAAGCAGAGGUGAUGAUAAAAACAGACCCCUUUCCUGGCUGAGGAGGAAGAGAAUGUUUGUAUCUGGCUCAGGAGGGCGUGAGGGGAUUCACGGAGCUGCUGUGCAAGAGCACGGCCUUGCUGCCUUCUCGGUGGGGUCUCAGUGAGAUCUCCUCACCCAGACAGCUGCCAUGCUCCAUUCGGCUGGUUUUGCUUUGUUUUUUUUUCAAUCCUCGGCUUCUGCUGUGCCCGCCGUUUUGGUGGUGAGCAGCUCUCAGCAUUAAGCCUAACCCGCCCAGGGCACGUGCCUCCCUCAGCGCUGGCGUUCGGGUUCCGCCUGGGGAUGAAGACGUGGCGGCUGUCCUGAGGCACUGCUCGGGACAGGCACGGCUCCCGCCCGGCAUGAGCCCCCCUCGCCAGGUCCGGGCCCCGGCUUUAAUUAGCCAUGGCCCAGAGCGGCUUUCCCCGGCCAUCUGUAGCCCCGGUGACCGACCUAAUCGGGGGGAUAAGCUGCUUAUGGAGCCGCAGCUGGAGCGGGCGCUGAGGGGGCCGAGGGUGGCUGUGGCCGCGGCCGCGAAGGAGGUGCCGGCUCAGCCGCUCAGUGUGGUCGGUCCCCGGGGCCCAGCAGUGCCGGUGCCUCUCGCAGUGGGUAAGUGGAGCCGUCGGGGCUGCUGAGCGGAGCCUCGGCCGUGGGUGAGGAGUUUCUCACUCCCAGUGCUGCGUCCUGGGCGCUUGGAUGGCAGCGCUGCGGAGGGAGGAGCGCCUGUGUGUGCUUGUUGAUCGCACGGGCAUCGUGCGGCGGCAGCGAUGGUUGGUUUGGUUUGUAACGCAGAGCAGUGUUUGGAAAAAAACUGCUUGCCAAGGCAGCUGAAGUGUGAGCUCAGAGUAAUCACUGGCCCCUACUUGGAAUAUGAAAUGGAUCAGUCUUGGUCUGCAGGGAUCGGGAAUAAGCACUGUGUGUGUGCAGCGUAAAUGUGUUUGUUAUGGGUCUGGCGUUGUUACCGUAUUGCUGAAAUGGUAUUUGCUUGAAAGAGCUUGAUUUACUUUUCAUUAACUGUGCUAUUUAUUUCCUUUGGCGUAUAACAAAAGAAAUAACUUGAUCAUCUUAAUUUUUAUUUGCUUAAUUGAAUUUGUUUCAGGUUUUAAUGUGUUUGUGUGCUACUGCAAAGUGUAUAUGGUAAGCAUGCAUUAAAUGUUUUAUUGGAAUCAUAAAAACUAAUAUAAAAUCCAUUGGUCAUGGAUUUUGCAGUUCAUAAAAUGUGCAGUUUGCCUUGAUUAUCUUUUGGCCUCAGAAGAAGUUUUGAAAAAGAUCUUCAUAAGAUCUUGUGACUGAGAAUAACCCUACUGCUUAAAAGUUGUUAUGGUAAAGAUGUGAGUAGCAAUUUCAGAAGGCAGACAAACGUGAUUUUGAAAGGAUACUAUUUCUUCCAGAUCUCAAUGAGACUGAAAUUAGGAAUGAGUGAGGUGAAGGACACCACCUGAAAUAGCCAUGGUGAUGUGUUGAGAACCUGGUACCUAGCACAAAGAAUUGAAAUGGAGAGCUAAAAAAACCACAAGUUAUCAAGAAAAUAGAUUAUUAUCAAGAAAAUAGAUUAUGUCCAAAUUCUUGAGCAUAAGGUAGUCCAGAGCCAGGUUUUGGGUGUUCACAGAGCAAAAUAGCACUGAAAAACGUGGUGGGUUUAGGUCCUUUUGCUAUUUAAAUCCUUUGUAACACCCUUUUGUGAUACAUUGCUUGUCGAUUGGCUAUUUCUGGGAUGCAAGGAGUGCUUCCAUGGAACACCAGUCCACUGCAUUUUGUGGUUAUACUUCAUACAGUGAUAGGCACCCUAAGGAAGGCAGCUGUGCUUUGUCUGUUCACUCUGUAGUUGCCAACUUCAACUGGUCUGGAGGAAAUAAUGGGAUCUUUCUGUUCAUGGCACCCUUGGUGAUAUAUGAAAGGCAGUAACAGCAGUUCCCAGGCAUAAUUGCAGCACCGCCUGACUGUCUCCUGCUGCUUUAGAAACUGUGUUUGCUCCCCAGAUUGUGGUGAUUACUGAAGGAGUUUGCAUGUGAGAGGGAAAAAUGAGCUGCUACAAACAGGGACAACUGAGCCUCAAAUGUUCUCUUAGAAGAGAAUGAGAUAAACACAGCUUAGAAACAGUGCAAUUUGGCAGGAGGCUUUCUGGGAUUAGAGUGUGUUUGAAAAAGACAAUGGGCAUUGAUUUCGUUGCUGUCUCUUCUCAGAUUAACUAGGGGGCUUUAAGAUGAUAGAGAUGUGUGUGUCUUUAUACAAUACCAUUUUCAUUUUUAAAAGAGAGGUGGAAAAGAAUGGUGGUUAGAGUGACAGUGAUUGACAACUUGCUUUUAAAAUCUGAGGGAAUGGAACCACAGUCCUCUCAAAUUGCACUUGUCUGUUAGCAGCAACUUAAGAAUCCAUUUUCAGCAUGAAUGUUAUAUGUAUAACCAUCAGACUUAGUGGCUAGACUGCAUAGUAGGUCUCCCAGCUAUGCUGUAAAUCUUCCGGAUUAGGGGACAGUGUGGAUUUUAUGAAUAUGUAAACAUGGUUUCAUCCUUUAGUGCAGACAAAAAGAAAUAAGUCUAUAUAGCCUUGAACUUGGGAUAAUUCAGCCUUGCUAGCAACAGACUCCUUCUGAGGCUGCUGGUGUAUAAUGCUGGAAGUCUUUGUUUUCCAGGUUUUUUGUGGAGAACUGAAUCUGUCCUUUUCAUUCAUUCCUGCUCUGCCAGAUACGAUUGUCUGCUGAAAAACAGGAAGACAGUAGUGUCCCUAACACUUUCAGGACUGAGACUGGUGGAUCAGAAACAAGAAAUUCACAAGGAAAGUACCCAAAGGCUUUGGCAAACUAGGCAAGAUGAGAUAGGAAAUACUCAUGGUCCUUUGCUUAUAUUUCUUCUUGUUUUUCUUCAGAGCAAAGACACAUUCAGAAGAACAUGAAUUUCAAUCUGUAUUUGGGCACUAGAAGUCAAGUAGACAUUUCUCAUCCCUGGCCUGAGGCUGCAGCAUUCAGUAUAAGCACAGAGGCAGCAGCACAGGGUUAGCUGUGUACCACACCUCUGUCAGAUGGGAAGAGAUCCCAGUCUGAAGACAGACUAAUCUCUCCUGCCCUUCUCAGCCCUUCCUGGACACUGCCAGCCAGUUCUGCAGUUCCUACUUGCUGCAGCAGAAUAAUCUGUGCCCUAGGCUGUAGCAGCACAGCUCUAUAAGUGUGUAGUUCAUAGAGUCCCCAUCUUGCUUUGUCACUCCUCCCUGCUGUGUAUCUCCCCCAGAGGCACUUUGACCUUGAGGCUUGUAUUUUGGAAGGGAGAAGGAGUGAGAGUAUUGACUUGCCUCAACAACACCAUCAGGAAGCCAAGACAGCUGGUAGCUGCUCCAUACCCAUUGUUCACCAUCAUUAUUCAGAAAGAGGGAACAAGAAUUGUGACUAUCUGGUGGAAAGCCAACAGCAUCAGCCUUCUGCUGCUUCUUGUAUGAAUCCUGUGAGCUCUUUACUGGUCAAUGCACAUUUGUCAUCUCAUGCUGCAGAUUCCCCUCUUAGGCAUGAAUUAGUGGUGGGUCCUUCUUUAAGGAGCUCAAGUGAAAGUGUGAACACUUGUCACAAGUCAGCCCUCACUCUGGGGAAUCUUGAUCCAUCUAAUCUGGAGUCUUUUCAGUCUCUUUUGCAAUCCUCACAGAUUUCAGCUAGCUUGUACUGUUCAGUCCAGAGGCUUAAGCAAGAAAGUGCUUUGAUGGGGAUAUGGGGUUCCCUCCCUCUGGAGUCUGAAUCUUCUCCAGUCAUUGGCCAUUCAUGCUUUGCUCCUGAUGAUUUAGGUCCCAGUAUCCUGACCAUGGGAGAACAGCUAGCUGCAGUAAAAACCAGUGCUCCUCAGGCAAGAUUGAGAUGGAGUGUCCCAUUUGCUAAAGACUGGAGCCUUAGUGCAGUGACAAGAGACUUCAGUCUUGCUGAGCCUCUCUCUGGCUCUUACAGAUAUGGAUACAUUGGCUCUAACACAUGGAGAACCAAAAUUUCAGGGGGCAUUCAGCCACAAACCCUUGCCUCUGGAGUGGGCUCUGGCAGGCUAGUGGGUAGAGAAGCAGAUUUCUCCUUCCGUUGCUCCCCUUUCUUUAGAUGCCAGUCCCUGGUAAAGCCAUCCCUGGAAACUGGUAGUCUUUAUGUUCAAAGCCAAAGUAAUUCUCCUGGAAACGUUGUUAAAGGCAAACAGACAUCUAAUGGGGGGUCUCCAUGUGCUGAGUCUUGGAAGAAAAACCUUUCAGCCAGGCUGGAUCCAGAGGUUCUGCAGGUGUUACUGGAGACAGAUUUGGGGGGCGCUCAGAGGAAUGUUUGUGUAGCCAUGUGUGGGACUCCUGCAGAAGUGUGUGUGAGCAUCACUUCUCAUCCUGGAGAUAAAGAGUUUAGACCAGGCCAGCAGCUUAGUGUUAAAUCUGUAGAAGUCAGCAGCUCUCAUGUUAAGUGCAGCAAAGAGUCAGAAGAGGUGUGUCACUCCAGAUCACCAGCAGCCAGAAGAACAGCUGCAGUGGGCAGCAGCCAGUCCAGUCCUUUGGGUACACCAGUUGAAGAAGGUUUUAAUGAACAUUCUGAUGUAGAUUGUAUGAACAUGAGCAGAGAAGGAAGGAGAAACAAAUACUCCUACCAAAGCAGCCGGUGGAAUUUGGAAGCUGAUGGCAAUCUUGAGCAGUCUGAAGAAUAUUCUGUAGAAAGGAAUGCCAAAGAACCAUGGUGCUGUGAAGAAAGGAACCAGACACAGAAAACUCUGCCCAGAGAGGUGAGGGUGUGGUCACUGUGAAGCAUCUCUGUUCACAGGUAUUACUUGUGCUUGUUUCUGCCACUUGCUAGAGGUGCAGAGUUGAGGUACAAGUGAUGGGGAUGCUUGUCCUAUAGUUCUUUCUUGUCACAGAAUAGCCAGAAUCUCAUCUCUUGCAGUCCUUCUUCAUCCUAACGUAUGCAUCUUUCCAUCUCACAUGUUUCUUCCUAAAGACUAGCACGUCAACUUGGUUGUUUUGGCAGUGUAAACACCUGUUUAUAUUCUCUGAUCUGCUUGCCAAGGGAAGGCAUUAAACUGGAUUUUACUCUGUGCAUUGUUGCAGGGCCCUGAGAUUCAGGCUUUUUGUGCCUUUUUAUAUCUGAAGUAUAUAAGAAUAUUCACAGAGCAGUGGUGUGGGAGCAAUGUCCAAGGCAUCCCACAUAAUACGUGAUCUUGAGGCAGUCCUGCUCUGGUCUCCAUCCAAAAUGAUGUGUGCCACAAAGACAAAUUCUUCAAUAGAGUGGAGCAGUGUGAAUAAUGUUGAAUUACUGUCUUUUGUCUGUUUGCAGAUCUCAGAGAACAGCUUCUGGUCGUUGAAGGUGAAUGAGCAAAGUUUCUGGCACUUGCGUGACAAACAAAUCCUAAGAAGGUGUUUCCAAGCCUGGAGGAGAUAUAUCCUUUGGAAGAGGGCAGCCACGCAGCUUUACAGACACCAGCUGCUUCAGAAGGGCUUUGGUGCUCUGCAGUGGCUUGUGCACCAAAGGAGGUCACAACUGGAGGUGGCCCAGCAGAGACAUGCUUCAACUCUGCUAGCUGCCAGCUUCCAGAGGUGGAAGGAAGCUAUGGCAAAACAGAGCCAGAAGAAAGCUCUGCAGCCUGAGCCUUACUCCUAUACCCAAAGUUUAUCAGCUGGGAUUUUUGGAGUAGGAAGAUUAGCCACUAUGACAACCUCAGCUCAGCAUCAGCCUGCAACAGGGUACUCAAAGGAAGUGGAGCAGGCUUAUAGGAUGGAGGGAGAGCUGUGGACACAACUACGUCAUAGGCAGAGAGGAGAUGAGUUCUGCUGGGGAGUUGAAGCAAUCAGAGACAUGAGGCAGCUGGCUGCAGCUUUCAGACUGUGGCGCCUGCAGAAGGAGCUGCUGAGCAAAGAGGAAGCCAGGCUUUUGGAAGCCCAUGCUCUGCUGGAAAAGAAGAAGCUACGAAACAUUUUCUGGAUGUGGCAUUCUCAAAGCUUGGAAAUGAAAGAGAUUCUAAGACUGACAACUCAAAUCCAAAGAAACUUGGUCUCCCGGUGCUUCAGUACAUGGAAGGAGACUGUUGAGCAGAAGGCACUUGACAGGUGCAACCUGGCCCAUCUCAGAGCAGUAUCACUGAGGAAGCACUUCCAGCAGUGGGUUGAGAUGCUGCAGGUCAGAGGAGGUGACAAGCUGGCAGUGGUGAACCUCUUCCUCCUACGAUGGAGGCAGCAUUAUGGAGCAGUUAUGAGCUCAGUAGCUGACAAGAGUGUGACAAAGAGGCAUGAAGGUCAGACAUCAUGGACUGGAGAGAGACAGUUUCUGGAGAAAACAGUCUAUUCUUUUGAUGAUUUCUGCCAAAAACUGAAGCUGCAGAGAGUAUAUCUGCUGUGGAAGACAAGGCUGUGUGAGCAUCACAAGGCUGAUUCUUUCUCUCAGACUUUGGAGCAGAACAAACUCAGAAAAACUCUGAAAUUAUGGCACCAAAAGUAUCUCAUGCUGAAGACAAUUGAACAAAGUUCUAAGCACUUGCAUAGAGCUGUCAAUGAGGAACCUCUUGCCAGGCUGUUUUCUGAGGACCUCUCAACAUCAUCUGGCUUUGACAGCAGUGCACCAGCUACUCUGACCUCUCAAAGCUCAUUGGAAAAGGAAUGCAGUCUGAGUGACAGCAGCCAGCAUGGCUUCUCCUCCCCUCUGACUGCUGAGGAUGUCACACAUAUGUCAUGUCACAGUUCUUUCCUUCAACUCCACCAGUGCACAGAGCUGCCAGCUGAGCUGUGCUUGCAGAGCUCCUUCCCUGCAUCUGGAAGAAAUUGGUUUGUGGGAAAUCAGUUUCACUCUUCAGUGCUACAGAGUCCAGAUAAUAAUUCCCAGCCUCUCACCAGUUACUCUGCAUGGGAAGAGGGCUGCAGUUCUGACAAGGAGGUGAAGAGUUGCUGGCAGCAAGCAGAGCAGUGCUGCCUGCAGAGGUGCUUCAUUUUCUGGUCAGCUCAAACUCGACACCAUGUGAAGGCCCAGCAGCACUGCAGGCGCGUUCAGCUGUCUCGAGCCUUUCUCAGCUGGCACCACUGGGUCAUGGAAAAUAAGAACCAAAAAGCAGCAGCAGCCCUAAAACAUGGAGUUCAUUGUGUGCAGAUGGCUUUCAGCCUGUGGAAAAGGAGGCUGGCCCAGAAAGUGGAAGUUGACCGAAGAUUCAGGUGUCAUGUUCACCAGAUGACUGCUGAUGCUCUGUGGCACUGGCAUUCCUGCUGUCAAAGGAAGCGUGCUCUGGGAGAACUGCAGCAGCAAUGGGCCUGGCACAGCUGCCAAGAGAAGAAGAGGCUGGUCCUGCAGACAUGGUAUCACCAAACAAGGAAGCAGAAAUAUGCUGUGUUAUUCUGGGAACGUUUUCUCCUGCACAGGUGCCUUGUCGCUUGGGCCCAGGUCACUGCAUGUAAACUAAGGCAGCAUGAAGCCCUCUCCUAUUUUAAAAGAGUCAGAGAGCACCGUCUCCUGGUUGGGAGCUUCAUUAAGUGGAGGGACAAACUCUGGAGAGCUGAACAAGUGCCAGGAGGGAGAAACCACAAGUGGCAGGAGCCCUCUCCAGGUAAAGCCUGUCACCGCUGGCGAGUGGCUGCAAGAGGACAGCAAGCCCUGCGCCUGGGAUCUGUGGCUACUGUCAAACAAGCCUGCAACUACUGGACCAGAGCAGCUGCCUUUUCCCAGUGCUUACGGCAGCGCAGUACCCUCAUAGGUGUCAGGAAAAGCAGAAAGAUGUCCCUCUCUUGGCCCACAAAAAGCAGAAGAGGCAGAGAAGAAGAUUCAGCACCAACUGGACAUUUUCCCAGUGCCAUUCAGCGCUGGCUGGUGAUCUACAGGAGCCAAAACAGGGCUGAGAGGUUGCUGGAGAGACCUGAUGUGGUAGGACCCUCUCAUGCACAUGCGAAGAUCCAGGAGAACGCAGCAGAGGUGGACUUGGAGGAGUGGGCUAAGAAGUCACUUGGGAGGAGAUACCUGAAGAGGUGGCAUCACACAGCGGUACUGCGCCGGUGCCAGCAUGAUAGGAAACUGCUCUGUCUGGCAAGGGGAUGGCAUCAGUGGAGGGAAGCCAGCAGGGUGGUGAUACUGGCUCAGGUGCUGGACCAGCAGCGGCUGAUAGAAAAGGCCUGGAGGGUGUGGAGACAAAGAUAUUUGCAAAGCUGUGUGGUGCAGAAUCUUUUGAAGGAGGAAGCCAGGAGCCUCCUGUCUCAGGCCUUUGGGAGGUGGUGGCAGCUCACAGCAUUCCAGUGUAAGGACAAAGGAUCCUGCUGAAUGGAAGGGCCUGCCUGCAGCUGCUGCUCAAUUCAGGACACGUGGAGGAUACAGCUCCUGUCACAACAAGGAGGUGGUCCUGUGCUGUCAAAAAAGAAUACUCUGCUCUUACAGUAAAAGCAGUGCUGCCAGUCAGAAGGAUGACAGCCAAAGAACAACCAGGAAGAGAUUGUACCUAGUUAAAGGUUCUCUUAAAAGGACUUGUAUCUUACAACACAAACAGAGCAAUAGAAACAGAGAAGUUACUUACAGUUGUAAGGUUGCAUUCUCUUCUUCUCUGGACCAUGCUUUUGCUGGAGUUCUGAUUAAAGGAUGAAAAAGCCUUACAGGCUUUCCUUUUA